AACAAGUUGAACUUGUGAAAUUUCCCUUCCGCCAUGUCCGUGAAGAAUUCAUGACGCUUUCUUCACUUCGUCCUACACUUUUUGACGGUAGAUUCAAGAACACCCUUGGUUGACACGGACAAACUUGAUUACGUUUGUUUAUUAAAUGACUAGAUAUCCAAAGCAGCAUGUCUAUGUCAGCGAAGUAUGCGCAAGUGCUUGAUGAAUGUCGCGUCACAUUAGUGAAAGACUUGGAACCCAAUGAUGUCGUGGACUAUCUCAUCCAGGACGGGGUCUUCACCACCGAUGACCUGGAUAAAGUAAAUUCCAAGAAUAUGCGAAAGGACAAAGUGCGCCUGAUCUUGGAGAUAAUACCCAGACGAAGCGACAGGGCCUUCAAUGCCUUGGUGAAAGCCCUACAAGACCUUGAUUCGGGGCACCAUCAUCUGUACGACUUAUUAGUGGGGAAACUUGAGGAGGUUGAACGGUCAGGGGUUCCGAUGCAAUAUGAGCAACAACAGCAAGAGCAAGACGCAGCGGGGUACCUGAUGUCAAGGGAACCCAUCACGUGCACGGAACCAAAUCCUGGUGAUUCUGCAGAUGCUCGCAAGGCUUGUUCACAGCCUCACCAGCCACAGAGAUCCGGCUACGACUACCCUGAACACAUGCACAAUGAGCCGAAGAGCCCCAACAUGGUCCCCAGCGACAGGCUGCUGAGUCUCCUGGCUGGCAAGCUCGGUGCAGAAUGGGAGCAGCUGGCCGUCUUCCUGGGGCUGAGUGCCAGCGACAUCUACAGAUGCAAGAUGGAGAACCAAUACAACAUGUGGGGGCAGAGCUACAAUGCUCUGAUCAGGUGGAGGAACAGAGAGUACAAAAAUGCUACCAUUCAUAGACUGGUAAAAGGACUGAGAGAAUGCAACAUUGGACGGGAAAAUUACGAAUACCUCAUGAAUGCAUAAACUCAGUUCAUACACAGAUCUAUCAUUUAUUGUCAUAUCUUUAAAAAUGUUGUGCUUCUCCUCUGCUAAACUUAACCAAUUAGAUUGGUUAAAAUUUGACUCCGGAGAAGUACAUAAACUAUUUUACAGAGUUUGUUGACUAGUCAUCUUGGUCGAGUCCCAGCCCGAAUUACUAUACAGGGUGGAUAAAAAAAAAACGAAAUCGAGAUAUUAUUGCUAAUUGGAACAGAAG